CCCUACCCUACCCUCCAGUCCGUGUUGGGCCCUACCCUACCCUCCAGUCUGUGUUGGGCCCUACCCUUCCCUCCAGUCUGUGUUGGGCCCUACCCUACCCUCCGGUCUGUGUUGGGCCGUACCCUACCCUCCGGUCUGUGUUGGGCCCAACCCUACCCUCCGGUCUGUGUUGGGCCGUACCCUACCUCCAGUCUGUGUUGGGCCGUACCCUACCCUCCAGUCUGUGUUGGGCCGUUCCAGGCGGUUAUUAGUAUUACGUCGUAGGACCUGAAUUGGCUCGGGUGGACCUGAACCACACCAGAAAACGGAUAUAUACAUGUUUAUGUAUAAAUAUAUAUUUUAAACGCACAAUUAAAUGGAAAAAUAUGUAAAGCGUCUGAAGAUAUAAUGCAAAUGCUUAUUUACAAAUAUAUUAUGGAUUUUAGUAUGUUAAUUAAAAAGCAUCUAUUCUUGGAAACCAUAUAUAUUUCUUCUUACAUUUAUCCUUUGCAAGGAUUUUACCUCACUUAUAUUUUUAUAUAUUUGUAUGCAGAUACAAAUAAGUGAAGUAAGAUCCUUGCAAAGGAUUAAUGUUAGAAAAAUAAUCUUUAAUUAACAUCCUAAAUAUAUAUCUUCCCCUAUAAUGAGUACAUAGUAUGUUCAUAAAUUAUAAAUGAGAUGUAACUGUGAACACUGGUUAGGAAAAUAUAAAUUAAAAAAUUAACACAUUAUUUGACCACUCUCAUUCAUAAUGAAAAACAAUGUUCACAAAUUGUUCAACAUGAUAGGACUGAGUGUAUAGGUGAACAGUGUUAAGUCAUUACCUUUAAUUAUUUGAAUAAUAUUAAGACACACACUGCACAGGUAAGGUAUAUAUAUCCUUGAAACAACAAAUACCUGUGCCCAGUGUUGUGAAUGGUUCUAUAAACACUAGUCAGCUGGAUAGGUGUUCAGGUGAUCCUGUAUAUUGUCACCUCAUUAUAGUCAAUUAGUGUCAGCUUGGGUAUAUCACUCAAUACAGCAGCCCUGUAGUUUGUAUAUAAACUGUGUAUAGUUUCACUGCAGACAUAGCCACUCAUAGUCUCUGCUUUACUAGUGCUUUACUGUUAAUCUUGUAUAUAAUAAUUCAUCAUUUUUAAUACUUAUUGUUAGACUAGAUAUUUUUCCUACAUUUUCAACAGAUAAUUUUACCAAGUAAUUGUGUAGUGCUAAUAGUGUUGUUAGUUUAUUUUCAUGAUGGCCACCUUAGUGUUUGGCAAUUCUCAGAUUAGGUAUUUUUACCAACAUUUUGAAAAUGGAAAUGAAUGUGACAUACAUGUUAUUUCCAAAAGUGGAUUAACAUUUCAAAACGCUUGGAAUCAGUUGAAGAACUUGGUAACAAAUUACAAAAUUUUGGUCCUCCACUUGGGUUAUGAUGAAUUGGCUAAAAGGGAAACUGAUGAAGAAGUUCUUUCAAAGUACCAAACUCUUGUAGAAAAUAUCUGGAAAAUCAAUCCAACAAUACAUAUAGUGAUUUCAGCAAUACCACCAAGAGGUGACAAUAAAUUCAGCAACAUUCUUGUGAAAGAUUCCUAUAUUAGGUCAAUCAAUGAAGAGGCUAUGUCAGUUAAUCAGGGACUUUCUGCUGUUUCAGCACUUAUUGAUCAGCUACAUUUUACAGGGCAUGGCUAUUUCAUGACAAAUGGUUGUCUAGACAGGUCACUUUUAGGUAGGGAUGGUGUUCAUUUCAGCAUGUCAGGUGUUAAGACAGUUUUUAAAUCAAUCCUAAGUUGUGUUAGAUAUGUAUCUGGACAGUUUAUGAAAAGCAAGCAGAGUGAUAGGUCAGGCAAAGAUACUAGUGUAGGUAAAGAUGUCUGUAUCUGAUGUUGAUACCCCCAGUAGUAGUGAUAGGUCAGACAAAGAUGUAUGUACUGUAUCUGAUACCCCCAGUAGUAGUGAUAGGUCAGACAAAGAUGUAUGUACUGUAUCUGAUACCCCCAGUAGUAGUGAUAGGUCAGACAAAGAUGUAUGUACUGUAUCUGAUGUUGAUACUCCCAGUAGUAGUGAUAGGUCAGACAAAGAUGUAUGUACUGUAUCUGAUACCCCCAGUAGUAGUGAUAGGUCAGACAAAGAUGUAUGUACUGUAUCUGAUACCCCCAGUAAUAGUGAUAGGUCAGACAAAGAUGUAUGUACUGUAUCUGAUACCCCCAGUAGUAGUGAUAGGUCAGACAAAGAUGUAUGUACUGUAUCUGAUGUUGAUACUCCCAGUAGUAGUGAUAGGUCAGACAAAGAUGUAUGUACUGUAUCUGAUGUUGAUACUCCCAGUAGUAGUGAUAGGUCAGACAAAGAUGUAUGUACUGUAUCUGAUACCCCCAGUAGUAGUGAUAGGUCAGACAAAGAUGUAUGUACUGUAUCUGAUGUUGAUACUCCCAGUAGUAGUGAUAGGUCAGACAAAGAUGUAUGUACUGUAUCUGAUACCCCCAGUAGUAGUGAUAGGUCAGACAAAGAUGUAUGUACUGUAUCUGAUACCCCCAGUAGUAGUGAUAGGUCAGACAAAGAUGUAUGUACUGUAUCUGAUGUUGAUACUCCCAGUAGUAGUGAUAGGUCAGACAAAGAUGUAUGUACUGUAUCUGAUACCCCCAGUAGUAGUGAUAGGUCAGACAAAGAUACCAGUGUAGGUGAAGCGAAGAUUUGUGAUCGUCAACAUGGUGGUGGAGUCGAACCAUAUAUGGUGAGAAAUAAUGAGCUGCAUGUAAGUGAAAUUAUUGACAUCUUACAAAAUUGGUAAGUACUCCAGCAGUUAAACCGUCAGGUGGGGAAGCUUUUAUGAUUCAAGGGAAACAUGUUGAUGAUAGAUAUUCUUUAGUGCUUUAAAUAAUUAAUAGGUUUUCAUCUGCAGCCCGCCUUGUGCGUAUAAAUGCUCGGAUGUAAAUCAUUAAUUAGUGGUGUUUUUUAGAUAUUUAUUUAGAUGUUUACUAGUGCUUUUGUAUAAUAUGUUUUAUGUUAU